GUUGUUUAUUUCUCUCUUCAGGAGGGCUUGCUUCUGCUCUACCUUCUUAACCUUCUCCUCUCCAGCAUUGAGUUAAAGUAUUUUAGGUUUUGCAGAUGGAUAAUAACUCUGAGAGGAAUUCUCAGAGCAGGGUUAUGAGUUAUGACGAGGAGGAAAGUGGAUGGACUGCGUAUUUUGAUGAGUUUUUUGAUGAUCAUCAAUACAGUGAAGAGAUUAACAGCUGCUUUUCUGCAAGUGUUGAAAGCUCUUUGAUAUCAGAUGCUGCUUCUUCUUCAGCACUUGUGAAAAAAGCUUCUGCUUUUCAUCAUCAUCAUCAUCAUCAUCAUGAUCGAAAUAAUAAAAGAUCCACCACGAGCUCCAAGAGAAGAAAAACUGAAGUUGCCGAUAAUGGUUUGGAAGACACCGCCAGCUCUUCAGUUAACAGCCCCAAGAUUUACCAUCUGAUUAACCAGCUGGGAAGAAAGCCUGCAGAAGCAAAAGAUCAUGCCAUUGACAUUUCUAAGGAGAAAGCUGGAAGCAUUUCUGCUCAGGGAGAUGGGCGAGCAGACAGCAAUAUAAAUGAAGAAGAAGAAGAAGAAUCAGAGCUGAAGAAAAGGGGUCUUUGCUUGGUUCCUUUAUCAAUGUUAGUGAAAUAUAUAUAGUUUUUACUGUAUGAUUUUAUAAUUAA